AUGGCAUCGCACGCUGGAUAUGGUGCGAAUGCAGGCGUGCGCACGUUGGUAGCAUCGCUGCUGCUGAGCGAUCCCAUCCACAUUGACGCGUCGGUGCUCAGUGACGAUGUGCACAUGCGACAGCGCAUGCUGGGGCUUCCGCGCACCGCGCCCUUUGCACCGGACCUCGAAGACGCCCAUACGCAGUGGGGCGACUCGCCCGCCUUGCAAGAAGCGUUCAUCCGCUGGUUCUGUCGCGACCCCAUCGAGGUGACUGAAUCCGCACUCAGCGCCAAGACGGCGCGCAGCUUCUUCGUGCAACGACGCAGGGCACUCGACACUGCCGCCGAGGGCGAGCGCGAUCCGAUCGACAUGGAGCGCUUGACGAUGCUGUGCAAGGACGAAUGGCACGGUACAGGCCGCUUGCUCGUCCAAUUUCCGGGGGACCCCGAUCUUGCAAUGCUCUACAUGAGCGUCGUGCGUGACGGCACGGAGGUCAAGCUGGACAACCUAUUUGCCCUCGACGACCCUCCCGCAGGUCUGCAUCAUCACACCCCGGCGUGCUGGGAAAGCUACAAUGUGCACGAUGAAGACGCACCGGCUGCGGCAGAAUACAUUAAUGACGCCGACGAGUUCUGGUCCGGAUUCGACGAUCCCGCACCCGCCCCUGCGCCAGCGCAUGCAGCCAGUGCAGGGGUGAGCGAACCAGCACACACACCGACGGAUGCUGACGAAAGCGCAGCGAUCCGCGACAUUGUUCGCGGCGCAUACACGCUCUUCCGCUCACGGCACCCGCUUGACUCAACCGAGACCUUCCUCGAGCUCGUGCACAGCGCCAUCGCACCUCAAUAG